GUUGAUAUAGCCGAAUACUCGAUACCAAAGCUUCUGCCAAACCCCGCACUAGAUCGUCGCUUGUUUAUAUAAAAGGGAGAUGUGUACUGCAUCUGGCAUAUGGUGAGUGGGAGUGUAUCGUCCAGCUCACACACCCUUGAACCUUAGGACCCUGGGAGAUCUUUUUGUCUCUCUUGAUCUAGAUCUGACCAUGGCACCAGUCGCUAUUCAAGAGCCCGUGGCAGACACGAGCCGGAUUCUGGUCAAGCCAUGGACCCGACCAGCUCCUACUUCUGAAGACCUGGACUGGGCGCCGCUGGCCAAGAUCGAUCUCUCUCGCUUCGACGAGCCCGGCGGCAAGCAAGAACUGGCCAAACAGCUGUAUGACGCCGUGACCCGCGUUGGGUUCUGGGUCGUGGUCAACACGGGCCUGGACGACGAAAAGGUCCUCCGUCAGUUCAGCAUAGGCAACACAUUUUUCAAGCAGCCGCUCGAGGAGAAGCGAAAGUUCCCUUGCAACUUUGCCCAAGGCGAAUACUUUGGCUACCGGGAGAACUCGCGAUGGAUCGGCGACACCGGCGUCAAGGACAACGUUGAAAUGCUCAACAUCCCAAAGGACAUUCCGGCGCUGUCGCAUGUUCCCAAGCACGACAUCGUGCGGGACCACUACGACGAAAUCGCCAGCUUCCACCGUGAGGUCUUCGACAAGGUGAUCCGCAAGUUGUUGAUUCUCAUUUCCAUCAUCCUCGAGCUGCCCGAGGACUAUCUUCUCAACGCGCACGACUAUGACCAAGUCUCCGACGACCACCUGCGCUAUAUGAUCUACAAUGUGCGCACCCAGGACGAAUGGGAUCGCGCCCAAGGCUACACCAAGGGCGGUCACACGGAUUUCGGCAGUUUGACCCUGCUCUUCUCCCAGCACAUUGCUGGUCUGCAGAUUCGGACUCCCGAAGGCCAGUGGAAAUGGGUCAAGCCGGUCGAGGGGGGCAUCACAUGUAAUGCGGCCGACACCUUGACUUUCCUUACCAAUGGAUUCAUCAAAUCGACGGUCCAUAGAGUUGUGACUCCGCCGAAGGACCAGAUCAAUGUCCCGCGGCUUGGAUUGUUGUACUUCGUCAGACCAGGCGACAACACUCCUAUGAGAACCGUUCCGUCACCGCUGCUGGAGCGGCUGGGUCUGCUCAGGGAGGAGGACAAGGACCCCAACAGGCCAGUCCCAACGGGCACCGAGUAUGUCCGGGCGCGUGUCAAGGAUGUCCAUUACAAGGACGUGGUAGAGAAGCGCGAGGGUACGUCCUUCGAGUUCAAAGGACUGAAGGUGCAGAACUACUACGAGUAGAUCGUCUUCGUAGUGGGAAAAUCUCACGUAAAAGCCAUCAUAAAACUUGUUGUAUCCCUUCAUUGCUCUACCAGGACAGCUUCCCGUUGCUUCCAUAGAUUCAUUCAGACGCACAACCGGAAGACACUCCGUAAAACAAUGGCAUUGACGAGUCCAUAGACGCGCUAAUUUCGAGAUGAGGCUAGAGAACGUCGCGCCGUUGUCGAUCGGAGGGGAAGAAAACAUGACUUUGCAGAGGACAGCCGGAAGAGACGGCAAGAUGUCGUGACCGCCGCUAAAGGUGGAAAAGGCAUAGCUCAG